AUGAGCCAAAAAAAAAAAAUCUGUUUUUUAUUCGUUCCUCGUUGUUUCUUUCUUUGUUUCUUUCGCCUUUUUUAUUCGUUGUUUCUUAAUUCGUUAUUUUCUUCUUUUUCUUCCCUGUUUCUUUUUUCGUUUCUUUCUUAUUUUUCUUCCUUGUUUUUUUCUUCGUUUCAUACUUAUUUUUCUUCCGUGUUUCUUUUUUCAUUUUUCCCCUUUUUUUCUUCCUUCGUUAUUUUCUUCUUUUUCUUCUUUGUUUCUUUCAUCGUUUCUUUCUUAUUUUUCUUCCUUUUUUUUCUUCCAUUCAUACUUCUUUUCUUCUUUGUUUCUUUCUUUUUUCUUUCUUUUUCUUCCUUGUUUAUUUCUUCCUUUUCUUCUUGUUUCUCUCUUCGUUUCUAUCUUAUUUUUCUUGUUUUUUUUCUUCGUUUCAUACUUUUUUUCUUUUGUUUCUUUCUUUGUUUCUUUCCUCUUUUUCUUCCUUGUUUCUUUCUUUGUUUCUUUCUUAUUUUUCUUUCUUGUUCUCUCUUCGUUUCUUUGCCCUUUUUUCUUCCUUGUUUCUUUAUUCUUUUAUUUCUUCUUUAUUCUUCGUCGUUUCUUUAUUGGUUCUUUUCUUCUUUUUCUUCUUUAUCUCUUUCUUUGUUUCUUUCUUCUUCGUUCUUAAUUGUUCCUUUCUUCAUUUCUUUCUCCUUCUUCUACCUUUUUCUCCUCUCUCUGUGUCUCAGGGGUGGGUCCUGA